AUGGACGAAAUACCACUUUAUGAUAGAGAUAUUGGGCUGAAGGAAAGAGAAACUAUCGAGACGUUGUCGGAAAUAUAUUCUAUCAUUAUCACAAUCGACCAAGUUGAAAAGCUGUAUAUCAAGGACGUUAUUGAUAAUGAACAGGAGUAUACCCAACUGGUGAAUAAGCUUUUAGCUCAGUACAACACGCUUAUCGCUAAUAAUGAGAACGAUCCAGAUUUCAGGCAAAAAUUUGGAUCGUCGAUUAACGAGUUUACUAAGAAGUACAACGUAAUAGCCUCAACAGGUGUAAUACGGCUAGAGAAGGGUAUCCCAAUGACUGUGGAACAUAAUAAUAAUACAGUAGGUAAUGGGACAAAUGCGAACAGUAAGAAUGUCGCUGAAGCGACAGGGAAUUUCAUUACUAUUAUGGAUGCGAUAAAACUAAAUUAUCGGACAAAGGAUCAAUUGCACCCACUGCUGGCCGAAUUGCUGCUCAGUAUAAACCGUGUAACGCCAUUGCAGAGAAACAACACCCAGGGAGAUCAAGAUACGGCAGGCUCACAGAGUGGGGAAGGAAACAAGAAAAAACUAGUCGAAUGGAUUGUCAAGAUCAACAAGAUGAAGAUAGAUCAAGAAUUGGACGAUAAAGACGCCAAAGAGCUUUUGUUUGAUCUUGAUGUCGCAUAUAAGAACUUUUAUUCCUUGUUGAGCUGA